AACCGAAGUCUUUUGUGUAUCUGUCGUUAUUUAGAAUAUUCGUGUUUCAAAAUACGAAAUCCCGCAAUAUUCAAAAACUAGUUACCUGAAAAAGAGAGAACUUUUGUCAUUAUUAUUUUUGUGGCGUAAUUUCAAAUGUUUUCUUAACAGUUAUUUUCUUUACAUGCCGUUUUAAGGAGCAACUCUUUGAAAAUGAGUGUUUCAGAAUUAUUUUUGGACACAUUAAAUAAAUUGCAGUUUCCAAGAGUAGACAAAUAUAAUUGCAGCGAUUUUGAUUCACUUCUUUCGGAUCCAGAAUUGAAAUCUUUCAUACAGAGUUUGUCUUCUUUAAAUGAAGAAAAUGUUUUAUCGACCGAAGAGCUAGAGGAAUAUUUAGCCAUACCUGCUGAUGAAUUAGAAUAUUUGGAAAACUUAGCACAUUCAGAUGAUUCAUUUUUAGAAGAAUCUUCUGAAGAAGAAGAGAGAGAGGAGCUGAAAUUCCUUCAGAAACAUCUUUCAUUAAUUGAAGCAUAUAAUGAAAAUCUUGAAAGGCAGAAAGAAAAACUCAAAUUUCAUCACAUUCAUCUUUUGACAGAAAAGGAUAAGUGUAAAAAAACAUUUAGUGAUGCAAAAAAGUUGUAUGAUGAAUACAAUGUGCAGAAUGUCUCUCAUGCCGAGACUGAGUUUGUUUCAGCUAUGCUUUCAACUUCUAAUCUUAUUGGUGAACUUCAGUCUGUUAUAAGUGAAUCUGAUUGCAGUAAUAAACUUACUCCAUCAUCAAGUUUUAAAGGCAUUGAAAAUUAUUUUGAAGAAGAAAAGCAACUUGUGAAGUGUAUUGAAGAUUUUUUGCAUAAAGACAUAGAAUUAACAGAGGAUCCUGCUCAGUUUACAGUAAAAUUGCCUGGAUUAUCACAAAAAGAUAUGCAAAGAGAAGUUUGUUUUUUGCGUAAAGUAUUUAAAUCUGCAAGAAUAGAUGAAAUAGAAGCUUUGAGUCAAAGCAAAAAGCUUUCAAAGGUGGUUCAGUUUUAUACAAACUUUGAAGAAAAACAUUAUCCUCAUGUUUUUGAAAUAUCUUCUGUUCAGUUACAGAAUAAGUUGGAAGUAGAAAACAUUAAAUAUCAACAACUGAUUGAGAAGGAAAAUGUGUUGAAAUUGUGUUUAUCAAAGGCUAUAAAUGAAAAUGUUGAUGCCCAAUGCUGUAAAAUAGGCACUGCAUGCUCUAAAGAAGUUCUGCAGGCUUAUGGCAGUUAUUUGGGAAAAAUUCAAGUUCCCUUGGAACAUUUAAUCAGUCAGAGAUCAAGAUUAGAAAUUGUUUUAUUUUAUCUUGAUGCCUACAAAAGAAAGCUCGAAGAUAUUAAAAAUUUAGUGCAGAACACAUCUACUUUUAUAGAAAAGGAAAAAUCAGAAUUUCAUAUAAGAAAGUGUCAAUAUGAAAAAGAAAUGGAAAAGCAAAUUCCAAAGAAAAGUGAACAUUUAAGUGAUAAAUCAAUUUUUCUGCAUGCAUACGAAAUAUUGAGUAAUGCUGAACAAUCGGAUUUAAGUUUCGUAUCCAUGAAUGAUUUAAUGCAAAAAGUUGAAAAGCUACAUGAAGAGAAAGAAAAUAUUGAAAAAGUACAGAAUAAGAAGUUUAAUAUUCUUAAACUUUGGGAGGAUGACAGAAUUGCUAUGGAAAAACUGAUAUUUAAAGGGAAAAAAUUUGCUGAUUUAUUAGAAAAGGAUUCCAGUAUCAAUAAACAUAUGAACCAACUUCAUUUGAAAGACUCAACUCUGAUCAGUGCUAUAGCAGAGUUUAAUAGUUACAAGAAUAAGAAACAAAUGAUACUGGAGAAAAGUUUGAAUCAACGACUUGCCAGAAAAUUGUUUAUUUUUGCAUUAACAAACAAAGAAACUUUUGUAAAGUGGCUUGAAAAUAUUAAAGAUAGAUGUAAAUUUUUAACAGAAUAAAAUGCCAAUAUUUGUGAAAUAUAUAUAUUUUCCAAAACCAUUUUCAUGAAAAGUUGCAAGUGUUUCGUUUGUUUGCACUAAUAUAUUU